CAGGACCAGUCUCAGCGCGAGGCAGCCACGGCGACGAUUGGUCUGCGCAGCCCAGCCGUGCCGAGUCCUCUGGGCUCGUCGCCUGGCCGCUCGCCCGCGCGCAGCCCGCGCUCCAUGGGCCGGGCGGCGCCCAACGGCGUCAGUCAUGAUGCGCUCGUCGCCGAGGAGGGACAGCGCAUCCUCGCCGCAGCCCGGCUGCAGGCUGCUGGCGGUGUGUACCAGCCGCCGAUGCUCGGUCCCGAGGGCACCUCUCCGUCGUCCUCGCCGCGUCUGCAGGGCGCCACUGCUGCGAUUGCGGAGGGAGACGAGCGCUCGCUGAGCCCGGAAUCUGGCAAUUCGCUCGAGGUGCCCGGCGUCGGCGACGGCAAGUCGUCGCGCAGCCCCUCGCCGGACCCGAGCACGAAGAGCAAGCGCAAGACGUUCCUGGGCUUCGGCGGCGGCAGCUCCAAGGCUGACAAGGCCGCCGAAAAGGCAGAGCGCGCCGCCGAGAAGAAGAGCGGCUCGUCCAGCAAGCCCUCGUCGCGGCGUGCGUCGCGCGUGGACCUCAGCAUGACGAGCGCAUCGGGCAGCGCGAGCAACUACGACUUUGCCGACACGAUGAGCAUCGACAGCAGUCACGGUUCCAUCGGGCCGAACGGCACGGCGCGCCGGCGCCGGUACAAGGACACGCGCGGCCUCGACAUUCUCGCGUCCGAGCUCGCAGCCGAGGCGCUGCUCAGCCAGUCCAUGCCGUCGUCGUCGAACGGAGACUCGAUGAUGCUGCCCGGCUCCUUCACGCCCGAGGCGCGUCGCGCGUCGAUGAUGAGCGUUCUGGGCCAGGGCACGCCGAUGGACCACGGCAGCACGCCGUACGACAUCAGCAGCACGUACGUCAACCGCACGUCGGUCUACCACACGCCGGUGCAGGUCAACGCGCAGGCCCGCUCGCGCAACGUCAGCGCCACCAGCGCCUCGACGGCGCCGACGAGUGCCAAGCGUGCCGUGCUGCAGAUGUCGAUGCACAACCCCGAGACGGAGCUGCAGGGCCUGACGAAGCCGCCGAAGAGCGGCAAGUCGACGCCCUUCGGCGGCGGCUCGCGUGCCCCUUCGCGCACUGUCACGCCCAAGACAAGUGUCUCGCAGCUUCGCACUCCUGCCUCGCCCGCAGGCGUGACCGCCACGCCGACGCAGGCCGAGCAUGCCAAGCAGAGCGCCCGACUGCGCGAGGCCAGCGAGAAGCUGCAGCAGAGCACGCAGCGCCGCGCGAGCCCUCCAGCAGCGAAUAGCAGCGCCGCUCCUCUGGCGCCUGGGCCCGCGCCUGAGCCCGUUCCGGGCGUGCCUGCAUCCGUCAAGGCCUCGCCGACUGUCGUGGCUGCGAGCACGCCGUCCAUGCCUCCGCCAUCCCAGCCCGCUCCGAAGCAGCUCAGCGCUGCUGCGACCGUGUCGCCGCCAUCGAGCCCACAGAAGGGCGCCCGGCCUCCCGCGCGGCACCGUCUGUCGUUCUUCGGCGGCAAGAAGAGUCAGCCGGCCAGCCCGGCGCCUCCCUCGCCCAAGCCGGCGGUCAAGGGCCCAACGAAGUCAUCGAUCGUCGCCAGCACGCUCAAGCCGGCCGGCGACAUCGUGGCUCCAGUGCUCAACAAGAUCCCGUCGCGCAACACGGUCGACUCUUCGGCUGAGCGCGGCGCUAGCCCUUACUCGGAGAGCGGCAGCUCGGCAGCUCCGCACCUCUCGACGCCGGCACCUGUCGGAACUUUCCGCCGCAGCUCGACGACGCCCGACGUGCCGCGUGCGGCACAGACGAAGGCUGCCGCGCCUCCGGUGCCCGCUGUGCCAGCGGCCGCCAGGAAGCAGCAGUCGGCGACGCUGGGCCACACCAGUGCGCUGCGCGCCGACCUGCCGGGCAGCAAGAGCAGCACGACGCUCAGCAACGGCAAAGAGGCGCGCGCCAGCAGCGAAAGCACCAAGUCUGUCUCGAAGUUCUCGCGCUUCCUCUCGCGCCUGAGCGGCAAGUCGAGCGCGCCCACGAACGCGACGCCAGUGGCCAAGAAGACGCCGACGAGCCAUGUCUCGUCGGGCGCAUCGACGCCGAGCAACGCCGCGCCCAGCUUCGCCACCGCGCAAGAGCUCACGGCGCCGAACUCGCCCGAGCAGACACGCGCGUCUCUCGUCGGCAUGCCCACGAAGCAGCUCAGCUCUGAGGAGAAGGACGUCGCCGUCGCCCGUGCCUUUCUCAACCCCGAGAUGAGCGCCUCCGGCUUCGGUACGCGGGCAGCCUACAGCAGCGCCUCCGCUGCGCCGGCGUCGGGCGCCGUGGCGCUCUCGGAGCGCUCGCGCAGCGCCAGUGCCGACCGCUCGGGCUCGCUCGACGAGCACAGCCCGCAGGCCAGCGAGGGCUCGCAGGAGCACGGCGCCUCGGCCGGCUCGGCCUCGACGCGCUCCGCCACGAGCGCCGGCACGCUGGCCACGACGCCGAAUGCCAGCACCGGCAUGGUCGCUGCCAGCAAGGACGUCGUGGUGCCCAUCGAGGAGGCGGAUGGAGCCACCAGCAUGCCUCUGCGCACCGUGGCCGCCUAGUGCUGGCAGCGCCCGCUUCGAUCCAUACCACCUCAUCUCAGC